AUGAGUUUCAAAAGAGCUCGCACGCUGGAGCUUGCUGGCGGUGCCUUCACGGUUGACCCGGAAGCUCAUGCAGAAGAUACUGAAUCGUUGGCCGUGAAUGGACAGAAGUUUCGAAAGUUCUUGCUUGAAAAGUACUCGUCCGGAUCUAUGACCGCUGCUGACACGUGCACCCUCGCAUACCUUCACACCGAAUCUGGCGGCCGGGGAGCUGAAGAUCUGGGGCUGGACCCGGAAAUCGCGACCAAGCAUGGAGCAGGGCAUCUUCGGUACCACCUGGGCAAGCACUACGAGAAGCCCUAUGUGGAGUAUGUUGCCGUCCCUAUGGUUUGCAAGAAGUCAAUCGGGAGAGUUUCAGUUCAGCAUCCUACAAGGGUUGCUUCGGAUAUGCUUCGCAGAGAGCUUUUAAGCUUGCGGCUUUUAGGUGAAGGUGCUAAUGCUGAUACAGAGUUUGUGACAGCACACCUGGAUGCCGACAGGGAAUACUUGGGUCUGUACGAGGGCCAUCCUGUUGCUCAGAAGGCUUUCGCUGAAGGUUUCCGCCGGGAGCACGUCGUGCCCGUGUCUGUUUAUUUUGAUGGGGUGCAAUACUCGAAGAACGAAAAUUUCCUCGGCUUUUACAUGACCAAUCUUCGCACUCGCAAGCAACAAGUCGUGUGGCUGCUCAGACUGUCGGAGCUUUGCUCAUGUGGCUGCAGGGGCUGGUGCUCGGUUUUUCCGCUGCUAGAAAGCUUUCGGCGAGAUAUGUGCUUCGACCACAAGGACCUUCGUGUUUGCAUCCUGGACUACAAAGCUGACUGGCCAGCAUACAUCGAGAUCUGCGGUUUUCGCACCUGGUCGCACAACUUGCACCCAUGUCCAAUUUGCACCGUGCAGAAGAAGGACCUUUUGGCUGUCGGGACAAUGACAUUGCACACUUGCCCGCACAAGCUCUUCGACGAGACGUCCUACAAGGAGCUCGAGAUAGUUGUGCCGGACGAGGAGACGAAAAUGAAGAUCGAAAGCUUGCUCGUCUACCGCCGCAAGACCGGCCGUGGCAGAUGCUUGAAGGCCUCUUUCCCACUCCUCAGGCUGAGGCAGGGCUGGCGGCUCGAGCCGAGCUCAAGCUUGCCAGAUGUCGGCAACUUCGCGAAGCAAUCCUGCCCCUUCUCAUGUGUUUUUUACAUUGGCGGAAAGGAUGGGCGAGUUCUUCACCAAUCGCCGUUCUUGCAGAUCCCAGGAGUUUCGGUGGACACGUGGUGUGUGGACAUCCUGCACACCUGGCAUUACGGACCAAUGUCCACCUUCAUCGCAUAUGGCCUGCGGCUUCUCCUCACGACGAUGAUCUACAGACCUGCGAUUCCGGAUUUGGAGAAGGAGGAGGCCGACAGGCUUGCUCUGCUUUGUCUUCGUGCCGAGUUGUGGUCGUACUACAAACGCCUCCGCCAGUUUGACGAUGACGGCAGCUGGAAAAGGAAGGGUUCCGAGGUCUGGAACUUGACACUGACAAUGGUGGCCGGCAAAUAUGUGAAGGCAAAAGCUGCCGAAACUCAUGGGCUUCUGGGCUUUUUGGUUGACAGGCUUAAGAUGCACAAAUGUGUUCUCGCAGCGACGGAGCAGGCCGACACCUUCGCUUUGCUCUUGCAAGCCGGCCAGGCGGCACUGCACUUCGAUGCAGUGAUGGCUUCUCAUCCGAGGGCGAUCGACGAGACAGUUUGCGGCCUGCUUUUCCAGACGUACGAUGAAUUCAUCUGCCUUUGCGAAAAAGCUGAAAUGCAUCUUAUGCCCAAGAGCCAUAUGAUGUAUCACAUGCUUCAACGGGCGGUCCGGAAAGGGAAUCCAAGGAUGUACUCCACAUACAUCGAUGAAUCCUUGAAUGGCCACAUCGCUCGUAUCUGCAGGUCCGUGCAUCGUCGUACUUGGGCUUACUCCGUGUACGAAAAGCUUGAGAUGAUGGAUGCCAUUAAGGCGGAUGACGACCUGUGA